UGUUCCACUCGAUACUGUGCGACAGCCGACACAUCGUUAAGGUUAGGAAGGUUGCGUCGCUCACCUCGUCCUACGAUUCCAGCCAGUGCGGAACCGCGUUGCCAAAAAUAUCAUUCCGGGAGGCAGGUGUCAUUAAUAAAAGAACCCGGUACGAAACGUCGUCGUGUCAGAGAUGCCUGCCAAGAAGCCGUCUCCGGCGAGGUUGCACCUCCCGCAGACCAUCGACUUCGCGAAGGAGGAGGAGAAGACGUUGAGAUUAUGGAACGAGGAGGAUGUGUUUCGUAAGAGCAUGGAACUGUCGGCGUGCCGGCCGUUGUACUCGUUCUACGACGGGCCACCGUUCGCCACCGGGCUGCCGCACUACGGCCACAUCCUCACCGGCACGAUAAAGGACAUCGUGACGAGGUACGCGCAUCAGAGCGGCUAUCACGUGGUGCGCCGAUUCGGCUGGGACUGUCACGGGCUCCCCGUGGAGAACGAGAUAGACAAGACGCUGGGCAUCCGGGGGCCCGACGACGUCGCCAAGAUCGGCAUCAAGACGUACAACGAGCACUGCCGCAAGAUCGUGAUGAGGUACGCCAACGAGUGGCGAACGAUCGUGCACCGGAUGGGACGGUGGAUCGACUUCGACGACGACUACAAGACCAUGUACCCGUGGUACAUGGAGUCCAUCUGGUGGAUAUUCAAGCAGCUGUACAACAAGGGCCUCGUCUACGAGGGUAUCAAGGUGAUGCCCUACUCGACCGCCUGCAACACGCCGCUGUCCAACUUCGAGGCGGGUCAGAAUUACAAGGACGUGGUCGAUCCGUCCGUCGUCGUCGCCUUUCCCCUGCUGGACGAGCCCGGGGUGUCUCUGCUCGCCUGGACCACCACUCCGUGGACGUUGCCCAGCAACUUGGCGCUGUGCGUCAAUCCCACCUUCGAAUACGCGCAGGUGAAGAACGAGAAGACCGGUGACAUUUACAUCAUAUUGGAGAGCCAAUUGCAGACCCUCAAGGGCUCCUACGUCGUAAUGGCCAGGCGAAAGGGCACGGAUCUGAAGGGGAAGAGGUACGAACCGCCGUUUCCGUAUUUUCUGCAUUACAGAGAGAAAGGUGCUUUCCGCGUGUUGAAUGAUACCUACGUCACGGCGGAGGCCGGAACGGGCAUCGUCCAUCAGGCGCCGUACUUCGGCGAGGACGAUUUCCGAAUUUGCCUGGAGGCCGGCAUCGUGAGCAAGGACCAGGAGAUCGUGUGCCCCGUGGACAGCUGCGGCUGCUUCACGGAGCCGGUUCACGACUUCGUCGGCAAGUACGUCAAGGACGCGGACAAGGAGAUAAUCAAGUACCUGCAGAGCAAGAAGAGGCUGAUCAUCAGCGGCUCGGCGAAGCACAGCUAUCCGUUCUGCUGGCGAACCGACACGCCGCUCAUUUACAAAGCCGUGCCCUCGUGGUUCCUCAAGGUGGAGCAGAUCAAGGACAUGCUGCUGGCGGCGAACAGCGAGACCCACUGGGUGCCGGAUUACGUGAAGGAGAAACGAUUCGGCAACUGGCUGCGCGACGCCCGCGACUGGGCCAUCAGCAGGAAUCGCUACUGGGGCAAUCCGAUACCGCUCUGGAUCUCCGAGGACAGGGAGGAGAUCGUGUGCGUGGGCAGCAUCGACGAGCUCGAGGAGUUGACGGGCGCGUCGGGGCUGCGGGAGGACAUCCAUCGCGAGAACAUCGAUCACCUGACGAUACCGUCCGUGCGUCCGGGCCACCCGCCGUUGCGUCGCGUGCCCGAGGUCUUCGACUGCUGGUUCGAGUCCGGCUCCAUGCCGUACGCGCAGAUGCACUAUCCGUUCGACAACCGCGAGCACUUCCUGUCGUUCUUCCCGGCGGACUUCAUCGGCGAGGGCAUCGAUCAGACGCGCGGCUGGUUCUACACGCUCCUCGUGAUAUCCGCCGCGCUGUUCGGCAAGGCGCCGUACAAGAAUCUGAUAGUCAACGGUCUGGUGCUCGCGUCCGACGGCCAGAAGAUGUCGAAGCGUAAGAAAAAUUAUCCCGACCCCAUGGAGCUGGUCGACAAGUACGGCGCGGACGCCCUGCGUCUCUACCUGAUCAAUUCGCCGGUCGUAAAAGCCGAGAACCUCAGGUUCAAGGAGGAGGGCGUGCGGGACGUCAUCAAGGACGUGUUCCUGCCGUGGUACAACGCGUUCCGUUUCCUCAUUCAGAACAUCGAGCGGCACGAGGAGUCGGGGGCCGAGUUUGUGUUCGACGAGACGCUGGAUUCCUGCUUCGGCAAUAUAAUGGACAAGUGGAUCGUGUCCAUCACGCAGUCGCUGCUGGUCUUUCUGAAGAGGGAAAUGAAGGAGUACAGAUUGUACACCGUGGUGCCCUAUCUGAUCAAGUACAUCGACAAUCUCACGAACUGGUACGUGAGAAUGAACAGGAGACGCAUCAAGGGCGAGGACGGCCCGGUGGAUUGCAAGAACGCACUGACGACUCUGUUCCUGGCGAUUUACACGAUGGUGCAGACCUACGCGCCGUUCACGCCGUUCUUGACGGAAUUCAUGUUUCAACGAUUGUACCGAUGGACGAGUACUUUUUACGAGGAGAAUACAGACAUUGAGUAUCGAUUGCAGAAUGGACAUGAAGAAUUGCGAGAAGAAAUUGACGUUAGCGUGCAUUACAAGCUGAUACCGCAUCCGCGUGAUCAUCUGAUCAGCAGGGACAUAGAGAAGGCCGUGUCGCACAUGCAGUCGGUCAUCCAAUUAGGUCGCAUCGUGCGGGACAGGAAGGUCAUACCGAUUAAGUAUCCUUUGCCGGAAAUCGUAGUGAUUCAUCAGGAUGAUAAGGUACUGAGGGAUAUCGUUUCGCUGAAGUCGUACAUACUCGAGGAGCUCAACAUCAAGAAGUUGACCGUCACCACCAACAAGGAGAAGUACGGCGUGACGUUGAGAGCGGAGCCGGACCACAAGACGCUCGGCGCUCGUCUGAAGGGCGAGUUCAAGCAGAUAAUUCAGGCCAUCAAACAGCUGUCCGACGAGCAGCUGCAGAAGUUCGUCGCCACGCGGGAGAUCGUCGUGCAGGGCCACAGACUCGAGGAGCAGGAUCUACGUCUGAUGUUCAGUUUCACCGGCCCGACCGCCGAGCAGCUGUCGAAGCGGUACGAGGCCCACAGCGAGGGGAACGUGCUGAUCCUUCUGGACGUCACCUCCGACGAGGCGAUGCACAACGAGGGGAUGGCGCGCGAGGUGAUCAAUCGCGUGCAGAAGCUGCGAAAGAAGGCGCAGCUCGUCCCGUCCGACGAGGCCGUCGUGUAUUACGAAAUCGAUGCGAGCAGCAAUUUGGCCAGGGUGGUCGUCAGCCACAAGGAGUUCAUCGAGAGCGCGACCAAGACGCCGCAGAGAGACAUGACCGAGUUGCCGUCCGAUGCCGUCUGCAUUAUCGAGGAGAUGCAAAAGAUCAAGGACACGGACAUGAGGCUCGUGUUGAUCAAAACACAGACCGGUAACACGACGAUGACGAAGGACGACGGCAAGACGUCGUCGGGAUCGGGAGCUACCUCGGUGAGCUACGUCAACGUGAAGCUCGUGAACAUGGAACCACGUUACGGCGCGUCCUCGAGCGACAAGAUUUUCUUGCGUAGUUCGGAACUGGGACCCCUCACGUACAAACGUCUGAAACACGAGAUCGACGUAGUGUUCGGUAUUUACGGCUGCUCGUACGAUAUGUAUCUCAACUCUAAGAAAAUUACCAGAACGCUGGACGACACGCCAUUGCAGGAAGGCAUGUUCGACAAACAAACAAUAGAAGUAGUGAGGUCAUAAAAAAAAUGCUAGAGUAAAGUUUUCCGAGGCACGAAAAGUGGACUUUCGUAGACUUGCGAUUUUACUCAUGUAAAGUUGAAAAGAAAAGCGAGGACUAAAUUUCGCGAGCCUGCGUUAUUUUACUUCAUACUGUUUUUGUCAUUUUGUAAUUUUGUAAAAAGACAUCUUACAUUAUCGUAGUUUACGAGAUAGGCAAAAGAUCUGUAGUUAAAUUUCAUAUUUAUAUCAGUUAAUUUUUUCUUCUAUCAACAACAGUAUUUACUGUAAAGCAUGACGUAUAAAGAAAGCGAUAUUUAUGAUUUUAAUUUAUAUUUAAUAGACUCGAUAUAUCGCGUCUGGCUACGUUAAAAAAAUAUUUUUUUCAUGAAAGUUACUACAUUGACUAUAUUUUGUGAAUUAAAGAAUAAAAUGAAUUAUAUAAUUGCAUUUUUAAUAUCAAUUUUUUCUACAUUAUUAUUGGACCAUUGUAAAAAAUAAAUAAAAUAUUUUUCAUAAAAGUUACUACAUUGACUAUAUUUUGUGAAUUAACGAAUAAAAAGAAUUAUAUAAUUGCAUUUUUAAUGACAAUUUUUCUACAUCACUGUUGGACCAUUGUAAAAAAUGCUCGUGACUGCUACAUAAAAAGAAGUAAAUGGAUAAUUUGAUAAUAUAAUAGAGAUAUUUCUAAACAUUAAAAUCCAAAAUUUUACAUAUAUAUAUAUUUAUAACUAAGAAACAAGGAGAGCAAUACUACAUGAUAAAUAUAAAUAUCAAAUAAAUAGACAUUUAUUAGCAUUAACUAAAACACAAUCAUACAUGUAUAUAUAAUAUAUAUGCAUAUCGUAUGUAUAUAUAUAUUAUAUAUAUUUAUAUAUAAAAUUAUUAAUUUAACUCUUUAGACAAUUAACAAAUUAUAUAGUACACUAGUCAGAGACCACAGUAUAUACCUUAUGUCACACCCGUCCUUUUGUUAUGCUUUAAGCACUUUCGGUGAAACUUAUACCUAUAUUUUUAUGCUCCUCCCAGAGUUUAUCCUGAAUGAUGUUCGUUUAGUGUAAUCUAGUUUCUUCUUCUUUUUUUUUUUUUUUAAGAAGAGAUGAAUUUUAUUGAUAAUCCAUGUAGUCAUUUCUCACGUACAAAUAAGUAUAACGUAAGCAAACGUUUCCAGGUUGCGAUGUUUUAGAGAUCGCGAUAAUUUUUCUUUCGUCCUCUCAGUACAAAAUCCAUUCAAAUGAACUCGCUUUACAUUAAUGGUAACUGCAAUUCACACAUCAUUAGACAUAAUUGCUCACAUUUCCAUUAUUACUUAACACGUUGACUGUCACGUGUGUGAGAGCGUCCACUCAUUCAAACAAAUAACAAAAAAGCACCGUCAUUGAAUGACGUUUUGAGGGUAAAAAAAUUAAUUGCGAAA